CACCCACAGCCACUUCCGGCCUCAAUCAUCUCCACUCUCAUCGCCCAGAUUCAACAUCAUCCUUGUAUCUGGGAUCACGAUCACGAAUUCUUUGGACGUCGUGAACAAAUCGAUUCGGCGUGGCGCUCCAUUGCCGAGCAAACAGACGUCAAAGUAGCACCACUUAAUCUAUGGUGUCUGGCGCCCGAGGCUAUUUGUGAAUGCAUAAGAUGUCUUAUUCCGUUGGCGUUCGUCCACAAGUCUAUCAUCGUAAUAACUUGCAGAAAGCACCACGUUCGAAGUCUCUGGAAUACUGUGUGGAACUCGUGCUCACAGUCUGGUGGCGGUAAUCCGAUCUUCAAUCAACUCAAUAAAAUGUCGUCAACACUAGGCGGCGCGACAAGAACUCCAUCAACUACGAAACAAAGCCCUCCGAGAAAGCGGUCGGUCUGCAAGAAAGUUUCGUGGUCACGCUAUGAUUCUGUGAAUAUCUCUGGUCAUUUACUGAUGCUCCCACGACGAUUCGCCAAUCUAGAAAUUAUCGAAGGCCGUUCCGGUGCCGACUUACUGACGGAGGAGAAUGUAAUUAUCCGGAAGACCCUGCUUAAGGACCAGGAACAGACGGCCCAAGUCUAUCACAACCUGAAAUGGGGUCGGCUUUUGCCACACCCAAAUAUCCUCUCAGUUUUGGACGCUUUUGAAGCUGGGGACAGCCUCUACACAGUCACAGAUAUGAUGGACGGACGUCUAGCAGAUAUCGUCGAUGAGAAUUUGAAUCAUUUCGUCAUCGCAAAAAUUGUCUACCAAUUGCUGUCCGCCCUCGAGCCAUUGCAUUCGAAUGGACUUUACCAUGGGAACAUCACUCUGAACUCCGUCUUCAUCAACACAGAUGCUGUGCUGAAAUUGUCGUCCUAUGGAGACGUCAUGCAAAGUUCUAGCGAAGAAAAAACAAAAGAAGAUAUCAUGUCAGUGGGCUCCAUUUUGGCUCGACUGCUGCUUGAAGAGGAAUCGUUCCUGAAGUUGUCCAAGAUAAAGAGUCACAAUGAUCUGGAUUGGCGGACAAUCCUUCAGGGCAACACUGAGUCAGGCCUAAUAGAUUUCCAUGCACGAAAUAUCCUCUACCUUCUGUUGGGAGCUCGAUGUUCCUUAUCGGAUCUGCUCAGACAUCCGUAUUUGUUCACUUUCCGGAAGAAUGUUGGCAAUGUGCCACUUAUCAAUGCUGAACAUCAUGAUCUGUCGUCACUUAGCCUCAGCGAUGUCCAAGGACUGCUUCGAGACGAGCUCAACCGAUACGAGUCACCGAUCUCUAUUCAAGAUGUGCAGUAG